AAUCAAGCGAAUCCAAAAAAAACAAACCAAAAUAAAGAGGUGUAUAUAUAUGUAAUAAAUGCAAAUGCAUGCACUUUCUUUCUCCCAAAAAAAAUAUAUAUAUAUAUAUAUAUAAGCAAACACUUUAUUGGUUAGUAAUGAAUUAAAUCCACAUACCUGCGUGUUCACCGUGUCGCUUUAUUUCACCGGCCAAUGACGAGCCCGAAGUCAAGCUCGGCGGCUCGCCACAGUGGCACAGUCCGGUACCUGCCAGAGAAGCAGUUCACAUACGACAGAAAACGACAGAAGCACACUUAUCCCACGUGCCAAAAAUCACUAAAACCCUUCACCGCCAUCCACACCCUCUUCCCAACUUCACCGAAGUUCAAACUUCCCCCAUUCUCUUCCCAGAAUGCCCCUCUUUCCCAUUCUACCCCUCCUCCUCUGCCUCCUCGCCGGAGGCACAGCCGCCGAAACUGACCUCCAGAUCCUCCUCAAUCUCAAAUCUUCCCUCAAGAUUAGCACUACCACUCCCGGCUUUGAAUCCUGGUCGUCCGAUCACUCCCCUUGCAACUUCUCCGGCAUCGUCUGUGAUUCAACGGGCUCCGUAACGGAGAUCAACUUGAAUGACAGCGGUGUUCACGGAACAAUCCCGUUCCAAUCCGUUUGCAAGCUUCCCUCUCUCUCCAAGCUUGCUCUCGGUUCCAAUAACCUCACCGGUGAUGUCACCGCCGACAUACGCAACUGCACAAAACUCCAGCACCUCGAUUUGGGUUUCAAUAUGCUCACCGGAACUGUCCCCGAUCUCUCGCCGUUGACUGGUCUCCGAGUCUUGGACAUCACGAUGAAUCGGUUUUCUGGUCAAUUCCCUUGGGAAUCGCUCGGUAACCUUACCGACCUGGUAGAUUUAAGGCUCGGGGAUAACGGUGGUUUGGAUCCGAGCCCGUUUCCAGAGUCGGUUAGGAACCUCACGAAACUCAGCUCGCUUUAUCUCUCCGUUCUCAAUCUCAACGGUGAGAUUCCAUCGUGGAUUGGCGAUCUAACGGCUCUCGUUGAUCUUGAAUUCGCCGACAACAAGAUCUCCGGCGUGAUCCCGCCGGAGAUCUCGAAGCUUCGGAAUCUUAAUCAGCUGGAGAUCUACGACAAUGCGCUCACCGGAGAGAUUCCGGCCGGGUUCGGCAACCUCUCGAAUCUCGCGUUCUUCGAUGCUUCUCAGAAUCAAUUGAGUGGGAACCUCUCUGAGAUCCGGUUCUUGACGAAGCUUGUGUCGUUGCAGUUGUUCAUGAAUGGGUUCUCCGGCGAGGUGCCGCAGGAGCUUGGGGAGUUCCGGGAGCUUGUUAAUUUGUCGUUGUACUCGAAUCAGCUUUCCGGCGAGCUCCCGGAGAAGCUUGGGAGUUGGGCGAAGUUCAAUUUCAUUGAUGUGUCGACGAAUUCCUUCACCGGCAAGAUCCCGCCCGAUAUGUGCCGGCAGGGAACGAUGCUGAAGCUGCUGAUGCUGGAGAACAAGUUCUCCGGUGAGAUCCCGGCGAGCUAUGGGAAUUGCACGACGUUGGGGAGGUUCCGAGUCAGCAACAACUCGCUCUCCGGCGUGAUCCCUACCGGGAUCUGGAGCCUUCCAAAUGUAAACAUCAUCGAUCUCACAUCGAACAAUUUUGAAGGUCAAAUUGAUUCGGGUAUCGGCAAAGCAGGAUCAUUGCACCAGCUCUUCAUCGCUAACAAUCAGUUCACAGGCAAGAUCCCACCGGAGAUCGCCGAAGCCACGUCGCUUGUCUCGAUUGACGUGUCAUUCAAUCAGUUCUCAGGCUCGAUCCCGGACGGCAUCGGCGAAUUGAAGCAGCUCACCAGCAUCGAUUUGGAGGAUAACUCGAUCUCCGGCCCAAUCCCUGAUUCCCUCGGCGGUUGUACCGCCCUAAGCUCCGUGAAUCUCCGCAAGAACUCAAUCUCCGGCCCGAUCCCGGCGAGCAUCGGACAGUUACCGAACCUGAACUCCCUUGAUCUCUCCGACAACAAACUCUCCGGACAAAUCCCGGCGAGCCUCAUGUCCCUAAAGCUGAGCUCACUCAAUUUCUCCAACAAUCAACUGGAAGGCGAAGUCCCACCAGCGAUCUCCAUCCCAGUCUUCAACGAGAGUUUCAUCGGCAACCCGGGGCUCUGCGGCUACGACAUCGAUUUCCUCCGUCGAUGCUCAUCGGAGCCGGACAGUUCACCGGCGCGCUUCCACACCCUUCUCGUCUGCUUGCUCGUCGCUUGCGCCAUUCUUCUCGUAUCGCUAACUCUCAUCACAAUCUCCCGAAAACGGAAAUCUGACGGUCACGAUCACCCAAAACUUUCUUGGGAUGUGAAAUCGUUCCGAAAGCUAACCGUCAAUGAGAACACGAUCAUAGACUCGAUAAAACCCGAGAAUCUAAUCGGAAAAGGAGGUUCGGGAAACGUUUAUCGCGCUGCCCUGGGAAACGGAAUCAUCGUGGCGGUGAAGCAUAUACCUCUGCAACCAGAUCCCGAGGAGAGAGGUACGACUGCGAUGCUCGGAGAGAAAAGGAUCAACGGUUCUCGUGAGUUCGAUGCGGAGGUGACUACCCUUAGCGCGAUCCGGCACGUGAACGUUGUCAAGCUCUACUGCAGUGUCACGUGCGAGGAGGCAAGCUUGCUCGUGUACGAGUACUUGCCCAAUGGGAGCCUAUGGGAUAGGCUUCACACGUGCGAGGGGGAAAAGCUGGGGUUGGAUUGGGAGGCACGUGUCGAGAUCGCGUUGGGGGCGGCGAGGGGGCUAGAGUACUUGCAUCAUGGUUGUGACCGUCCGAUCUUGCAUCGGGAUGUGAAAUCCAGUAAUAUAUUGCUUGAUGAGCAGUUCAAGCCUCGCAUCGCUGAUUUCGGGUUGGCCAGGAUACUGCGUAGCGGUGGUGGCGGGAGGGAUUCGUUUUCUUCGCACGUGGUUGCUGGCACGUACGGUUACAUUGCUCCAGAGUAUGCAUAUACAUGGAAGGUGAACGAGAAGAGUGAUGUGUACAGCUUCGGAGUGGUGCUAAUGGAACUGGUGACCGGAAAACGGCCAAUAGAGCCAAUUUAUGGGGAGGGCAAAGACAUAGUGAAUUGGGUAGCAGAACAAUUGGCAAGUGAAGGAAGUGUGGUGAAGUUAGUGGAUAAAAAGAUCCCGGAAUGGGCUAAAGAUGAGGCACUGAAAGUGCUGAGAAUUGCAGUGCUUUGCACUAUGAAAUUGCCUGCAAUGAGGCCUUCUAUGAGGACUGUUGUGCAUUUGCUGGAAGAGGUUGCUGUUGGCCGUGUUGUUAUUAGACUUGAUUUCAAGAAUGGUAGUGAUAAUAAGGCGGAAAGCAGGUUUAGUGUUGAAGACAAGGGUGAUGAAUUUUUAAGUAGUAUGUAGAGCAACUUGGUCUCUCAAACUU